AUGAGCGAAUUAUUAGAUUUUCUGCACUCUCGUAGAAAAAUACUUGAAACAUAUAAACCAAACAAAAGCGAAAAAACGGAUCAGCAUGACAAGAAUAAGAAUAGACGAACGCACGCGAAUAACGAAAAUCACAACUCUCAUUCAUAUGCAACUCAAUAUAAGGCUUUCUGUCAUUUAUGCAAAGGUUCUCAUUAUACUCAAUAUUGCGAGAAAUUAAUGAACUCGAGCGUCUCCGAGCGAAUAAACAUUAUUAAAAAAGCAAAUUUGUGUUUCAACUGUCUUAAAUCGAACCAUCGCGUUGAAGAUUGCAAAUCAGAUCACUGUAAAAAUUGUAGCAAAAAAUAUCACACAAUCUUACAGCUUGAAACCGACCAAAUAGAUAAAAACUCUAAAGCGAAUUUCAUGAACACAAGCAGCAAGCCUUCUCAAUCGACACACUUGAACACAUUUUCUUCAAAAAACGCACAAGGCGAAAGUCUUUUCACAACCGCGGUCGUUGAGAUAAUGGAUCGGGACGGAACUUAUAGCGAAUGUAGAUUUCUUCUUGAUUCUUGCUCUCAGCCACAUCUCUUGAUGACACGAAUGAUAUCAAAACUAGAGCUUCCCAGACAGAAUAUUAACAUUCCUCUAGGUGCCGUGAACUCACUAUCAUCAUGCAUCAAACACAUGACAAGAACGGAAGUCAAAUCGCGCUUAAAUAAUUUCUCUUUAAAUCUCGAAUUCUUGAUAGUGGAUGAAAUUAAUGAAUUACUACCUUCAAGACCGUUAGAUAAACUGGAUUUCAAUAUUCCGAACAAUAUAAAAUUAGCCGAUCCAUCUUUCAAUAGACCAGGUCCAGUGGACGGUAUCAUUGGGGCUGAAUUCUUUCUUCAACUCUUGAAGCAAGGGCAAAUCAAGAUUCCCGGCCAGAAUAUCGUUUUACAAAAUACCGUUUUUGGAUGGAUUAUAGCUGGCAAGACGCUUGUCGGAAGCCCAAUAAGACAAACAUUUUGUCAUCUUAUCACAAUGCUGUUAAAUAGUCAAUUAGAAAGGUUUUGGACUCUAGAAAAUUGUCCCGAAAAGGAAAUUUUAUCGGUAGAAGAAAAAGAAUGCGAAACUAAUUAUGAGAAGCACACUACUCGAGACGUAGUGAACGGAAGGUACUGUGUCAGACUUCCCUUUAGAGAAAAUGUAGGCGAGAUAGGAGAGUCGUACUCAAAUGCGCUGAAACGAUUAUAUUCCCUUGAACGAACCUUUAUCAAAAAACCAGAAAUUAAAAAUCUUUACAUUAAAAACCUUAGAAUUUACCAUACCAAUGGUUACAUGUCCGAAGUGAGGGCAUAUUCAAAAAAGGAAGGCUAUUAUUUACCCCACCAUGCGGUCAUAAAAAACAAUAGCUUGACAACACAGUUACGCGUAGUGUUUGAUGGCUCAGCAAAACACUUACAGGCCUAUCCUUGA